AUGUCAGACCUGCAGGUGAAGGUGCUUCCCACCACAGAGGGACAGACAGUAACACUGAUGUGUAGCACCAGCUGUCCUCUGACUGAAAACCCUGCAGUCUACAUCUGGUACAAGAACGGAGAGUCUCUCUAUCAGGACUGGUCUCCCUGGUACCAAGAGCUGGUCAGCAGUGAGGAAGCAGUCAGAUACUCCUGUGCUAUCAAAGGCUACGAGGACCUCAGAGCUCCUGAAGUCUCAGUGGAUUCUGUCACACCGACCUGCAUUAGUGUGACCUAUGCUAAAGGCCGAGUGUGUCCUUACAACCAGACGUCAGUGGAUGAGCCCUGCUCCAUCACAUAUCCAACAGAAGUACAUUCCCAAAGGACUCAGACAAGACAUUUCUUGUUAGACAAGGAAUAUAUCAGACUGACCUGUACCCCCAGCUGUCCUCAGACUGACCUGCAGACUGCCUACAGGUGGUACUUGAAUAAACGCCUUUACAGAUUCACAGAGAGUCAAAACCUCACAGUUUACGCCAGCGGUAAUGCUAUUUCUUGUGCUGUGAAAGGUCACGAGGAUCUGCGCUCUGAUGAAGUCUGUGCUAAGCCUAACACAUGUAUGAACUAUGUCAGCAGGACAAUCUGUGCUCUGGAAGGUUCCUCAGUGAACAUUUCAAGAAAAUACGUAUAUCCUUAUGAAAGCCCGCCAUUGUUUAAAUUGUGGUAUAAAAGAAAUAAUCUCGUGGAGGAUGUUGGGAAUCUGACAGGUCGUCUGGUGUACCAUGACUACAUCCUAAAAAUAACAAAUCUGAGCAAGAGUGACUCAGGAGAAUUCGCGAUCACGAUCCACAGAAAUGACGAAGUACAGACUAAUUCUGCUGGAAUCGCUUUGUUUGUCACAGAGCUGAAGGUGACGUUCACUCCUUCUGCAGUGGUGACAGAGGACCAGAGAGUCACACUGACCUGCAGCACCAGCUGUCCUCUGACCAACAACACAAACUACAUUUGGUUCUUCAACAGUCGACCUCUGACCCUGACAGAGAACCAAAACAAACACCUGGUUCUAGACCCAGUCAGCAGUCAGCAUGCAGGAAACUACUCCUGUGCUGUCAAAACCCAGACAGACAUCAGAUCCCCUGAAGAAUCUCUCACUGUUGAAGGUGGGCAUGCCUUUUCAAUUUUACUAAAUUAUUGUAGACAUUAG